AUGGCUUCCAAUCCAAAUGUUUAUUCGGCAGACCCUGCAUUCCCGGUCCUUGCCGAUAGCUUGCUCCGACAGUCGGAGUCUAGAACUGAAGAACCAGCUCUGUCAUAUAAUAAAACUCCCAAUAGCAAUACCAACUGGAGUCUUGAGGAAGACUGGAUAAAAGGAAUUCAACCCAUAAAAGAGGCCAUUUUUCGAUGUGGGGUUGUCCUGGGUUUCUCCCGGCUGCGAAUGAGAAGCAGGGAAAGUGAUGAGUAUAUCGGACAGGUGAGGUUACCUCCACGCAAUUGGUUAUUGUUAUUAAAGGCUGAUUCGGUCAAGAUUCCUCGAUAUCUCCUCACAAAGCACCUGCGGAGUAUCACACCAUCGCACGAGCCAAGCGCAUUUAUCAUCCACCCAGGCAACUUCGAGGCCUUUGCUCCGAGAACACUGCUCAAUGAUCUGCAGUCGUCGUCUCAAGACCGGCCUGGACUUUCAAGGGAAGAGUCAAUCCAAAAACUGGACUCUGUGCAACUCCUUCCGGUGCACAACGUCUUCCACGCCGCACAGGCCAUCGGAAAGGUUUCCGACACAUUGCAGGGGAUCAAAGAAGACAGAGAGCAACCGACUGAAUCCAAGCCCCCGACCCAUGCUCCCAUAGUUUUGAUCGUUGCAGGCCUCGACUAUCUCACCGAAGGCGUGAUCCGAGCCUCCAACCCAGCAAGAGGCGCAGCUCUCUUGUCAGCCACACUACGCACCCUGACGAAGCUGUGUCGCGUGCAUGCCUCCCAUCUCUCCAUCAUUCUUGUUAACACAAACGGACUAGGAACCAUGAACUCAGAAUGGGACAAAGCCCCACAGUCGACUGGGAACCACGCUUAUGGCGAUGGGGCCACAAGGCAGCCCCUGGAUGAAGGCAUUCACUCCAUCUUCAACUCUGACGUUCCUUCACUUUUCCCUACACUGCUCAUGAAAACGCUAGACCAAGGAAUCGAUACCCAUUUGUUAGUUUGCGAUUCAAGAGGAGAGCAGGUCGUCGAAGUCAUCAAAGAUCGGGUGGGUACUGGAUUAGGAAAAUGGGGAACAUGGAGCCAGUAA